AACAAUGGCGGUGAAGAAGAAAUAUUCUUGGAGAUCAUUAAUGGUUUCUUGUUUCCAAGAUCAAGAAAACAUGAAAUCUUCUAAAAAGUCAAAGAAGAAUGAUGGUGAAGGAGGUGGCCUAACCAAACAUAAUUCAUUUCUUGGAUUGUCUAUUCUAGACAUAAGCAAUCCAAGUUCAACUACUUUGUCUGAAGAUCUUUCAAUCUCUCUUGCCGGUUCUGAUCUCCAUGUGUUCACACAAGCAGAGCUCAGAGUCAUAACACAAAGCUUCUCUUCUAGCAACUUUCUUGGUGAAGGAGGGUUUGGUCCUGUUCACAAAGGGUUCAUUGAUGAUAAGCUCCGUCCUGGUCUUAAGGCUCAGCCUGUAGCUGUUAAACUUCUUGAUCUUGAUGGUCUUCAAGGUCAUCGUGAGUGGAUGACGGAGGUUAUGUGUCUUGGGAAACUAAAGCACCCGAAUCUGGUGAAGCUGAUCGGAUAUUGCUGCGAAGAAGAACAUAGACUUCUUGUUUAUGAGUUCAUGCCUCGUGGAAGUUUAGAAUCUCAACUCUUCAGAAGGUGCUCUUUACCGCUGCCGUGGUCAACGAGGUUGAAGAUCGCUUACGAAGCUGCAAAGGGUCUACAGUUUCUCCAUGAAGCCGAAAAGCCUGUCAUAUAUCGCGAUUUCAAAGCCUCCAAUAUCUUGUUAGAUUCUGAUUAUACAGCGAAGCUCUCGGACUUCGGGCUAGCAAAAGACGGACCACAAGGGGAUGCAACACAUGUGUCAACACGAGUAAUGGGCACACAAGGUUACGCGGCACCAGAGUACAUAAUGACAGGUCACUUAACGGCUAGGAGUGACGUAUACAGCUUUGGAGUUGUGUUGCUUGAGUUGUUAACAGGUAGGAGAUCAGUUGACAAAAAGAGAUCAUCAAGGGAACAAAGCCUCGUCGACUGGGCUCGUCCAAUGCUCAACGACGCACGAAAACUCAGGAGAAUAAUGGACCCGAGGCUUGAAGAUCAGUACUCCGAGGCAGGAGCAAGAAAGGCAGCAACAUUAGCUUACCAAUGCCUUAGAUACCGACCAAAGACAAGGCCGGACAUCAGUAUGGUUGUCUCAGUUCUCCAAGACAUCAAAGAUUACAAGGAAGACAUUCCCAUUGGAACGUUCACUUACACGGUCCCUACUACUAAGCCAAGCCGUGAAGUUAAAGAGACAAAUACUCAUCUCCAAAACUGCGACAAGCCUCGCAUUAGCGUUCAAAAGAGUGAUCAGCAACAUCAAAAGUUCCGGUCGCCGGCACAUACCGCACGAAACCACCGUAUAGCUUUGAGAAACGGAUUGAAUUCACCAAUGCGUAACGAGGCCGGAGGGGAACGGUACUAAGUGUGUUUUUAAACAUAAAAUGUAAAUAUGAAUUAUAUUCUUACCAUCAAAGUAAAAAAAAACAGAAAAUAUUUUCUAGA